UUCUGUGUCGUUGUUCGAAAGCACCAUGUUCGACACAGUGCCGCUCUGUGUCGCUCUGUGUCGUUGCUGGAAAGCUCCCAUAGUAUUGAGCGAAUAUCUGACCGUUAGUUAACGUAGCUGAAAACGCCUCAGAUCACUGUCGGAACGUACCCUUAUUCAGAUUGAUUUAAUAAUAUAGAUUCACGGGAAAAUGGGUAAAAGUGGUCACAAAGGGCAUGGUAGAUACUGGUUAUCCGUGAAACCACCGAGUCGAAAACGCAAAUUCCGCGAACGCAGAAAUAGAUUGAAGGCACAUGCAGUAGCACUAUCAACGGUAUGCCAAGACAAUGUGCAUCUUGUGAAUAAGCAGGUCGCAAAUGAGUGUAACAUAUCAGGUACGGCGCCUCAAAGUUCCGAGUCUGCCGAUUUAAAAUUUCAAUUAGAUUUAUAUGAUCAAAAUAUCAUGGAUAAUCAAUUGAAGGAUGUUGUCGCUGGAGAAAUAGUCGUGAAUCGCAUAGAUGACGCCUACAUGGUAGUCAUGGAAGAAGAACCUCAGGAACAGGCGACUCAUCAACGUGAGAAAACUUCAAGGAAAUGUACGCACGGUGCUGAAAUGCAACAGGGAACGGAUGAAACUGGAGACAUUCGAUCAAGACUAUACGACAAUAAUAUAUGGCAGGUAGAUAACAGUUGUGAUGGGAGUUUCACAGAUUUUAUAGUUAAACCGGCACAUGUAGAUGAAGCUGAUAUCCAAAAUCCAGGUACUCGACACACUAUUGAUUUAAAAUACAUGCUCUCUGAGUUGCACAGGGAAUUUGACUAUCAUAAUUCAAUUUACAAUUGCAACUUUGAUUCUCUACACUAUGUAUUGACAAAGCAUGUAGGUCUGACGACAAAGUUUCUUUUUGAAUGUAGAAUGUGUUCGACACGAGCAUACAUUUCAGCGGAGCCCGUCGAAGCAAAAAACCUUUCGAUUAGUGAGAGUAUAGUAGCUACAACAAAUUCUACCGGGAUAGAAUAUUCUCAACUAAUAGAGAUUCUUAAUUCGACAAAUGUUCAGUUCAUGACCGAAUGGCAGACUCAGGAUACAGAAGUUUCAAAUUUCGAAAAAGCAGCUGAAGCAGAAAUGAAAGUAGCCGGCAAGGAAGAAAAAAGGCUCGCAAUUCUGCGUGGUGAUGUGACGAAUGGAGUGCCGUACAUCCCAGUUGUAGCAAAUGGAACUUGGAUAAAAAGGCCACAUAGAUCUGGAAAACAUGAUUCGCUGUCUGGUCUUAGUGUUAUUGUCGGCUUCCAUACUCAAAAAGUUCUAUUUGCAGCAGUUCGAAACAAGUACUGCACAGUUUGUAAUGUGGCUGAAAGAAAGAACGAGAUUCCCAAAGAACACCAAUGCUUCAAAAAUGAAGAGAGUAAUCAGAGCUCUUCCAAUAUAGAAAGCAGUGCAAUCGCUGAAGGAUUUAUACGAAGUUUGGAAAUGCACGGACUAGUAUAUUCUGCACUGAUAGUGGAUGGCGACAGCAGCGUCUACAAAAAAAUUCUGGAGUGCAACCCAUAUGAUGACUAUUACGUGAAGAAAAUUGAGUGCACGACCCAUCUGUUACAAAAUCUUACCAACAAGAUCAAAGAAAUUGCUAAAACUAAAUUGAAAUCCGAUUCAAAAACAAAAAUGAAGGAAUCGUCAGAAGCUAAGAAAGCUAUCGGAGAAUGGCGAAAAGUUAUCCAAGGUAGUACACUAAGAAUUUGCACGGCUGUGGUAAAGGCAAGCCAGUACCAUAUGACUCAAGAUAUCUCGUUGUCUGACAAAGUAGAACGUCUGAGAAAAGACAUGGUCAAUAUUCCAAAUCAUGUGUUUGGUGAACACACGCGAUGCGCUGGAUUAGGAUACUUCUGUGAUGGUAUUCCGAAAGAAGGCGAAAAAAAUAAUGUGCCAGUUUUGACUGAAAUAGGAUUGUUCGAUAGGAUUUUUGAAGCGAUUACACACCUGAAUUGGCAUGCCGAGAGUUUGCUAUACAACGUCACCAGAAGCACUAUGCAAAGCUAGAAUGCUAUCGUCAGCUAGUUUAUUACAGAAAAGUGUAUUAAUUUAGGAAGAAGAUAUUCUCACAAUGCUCAAUGCACUGUACAAUUCAACUCAUAGAAAUCGUACUAAAAUUUGAAAAAACUGAACCAUCUUGUUUCAUUUACUGCAGCUAAAGCUCAAAUGAAAAAAUGUAAAACAGCUGGAAGAGAAAGACAUGAGAAAAAAAAAACCCAAACAGAAGUACAUGUCAGCAGAGUCCUUUGGGCUAAAGUUUCGUUCGGGCCAAGACUAUGGUCGAAAUUCUAAGCCGCCCCUCGUGUUUCUGUUGCAGAUUUCAAAGUGCAAAUUAGGUUGCAUUAUAAAAAAUUAACAGACCAGCAGGCAGAGCAAGACUUCAUCAAAGUUUUGACAAGAGGCUAAAUUAACAGUGGCAAAUGAAAAUCUUUGAGGAGAAAACUACUCAUAGCAUCGAAUUCUGUAAAGGUGUACCGCAUGAAACCGACUACACUUUCCACGAACACAGUGAGUAUUGUGUGUCUGCAAGAAAGACUUUUUCUUGCUCGGCAGUAUGUGAAACAGAGCGAGGUAAAAGUACAACAACAAUUUGAAGAAACUUAAGAAGUUGCAGUCAUCCCUUGUGUCCUCUUCAUUGAUUCGGAAAAUGCAUAUUUGGGUGUGUCAUCAGAUGGCUUGCUGAACGAUGAUGGCAUUGUUGAGAUCAAAUGCUCCUUCAGUUCCAAAGAUGUUACUCCGGACUAGGUCAUCGAACAAAAACAUGGAACUGGUCACAUAAUUUUUGACAAGAAAAAUUCUGACAGGAUAAAUGAGACUCGUUCUUACAUUUGCCAGAUCCAAGAUACAAAGUCAACAUUGUGCUGUCCACUUGUCAACUCCGAAAGCUGAGGUACCUUGAUUUUCGAAAGGCUGCUGUGCUAGGUAUAGACAGAACAUGAUUAAGAUCUGCAAACGGCACAAAAUGAAUCCAGCAAAAUGCAUAAAAUUGUACGAAGUGAAUACAGCAGCAACUUUGAGGCAGUCCAGAAUGUGUACAGUGAGUUGAGAUUCGUGACCAAGAGGUUUUAACGAUAAAGCAUUCGUCGGGGAAGGCCAAGAAAGAAAAAAAAUGCCUGGUUUGCAUUUACCGUGUUGGUCCGAAAAUAAGUCGACGCCCAAUUUUUCACCUCUGAUUCCGGAUUGUUUUUGGAUUCAAAUAUAAGUCGAACUUCAGAAGCAAAUUAGGUACAUAUUAUCACAGAUGGAUAUGUAUUUAUAAUAUUGCAGUUUAAAAAAAAUAUAUUUCAUACAUUUAACUUGGAGCAAACAAAGUUGGACAAUUAAAUAAUUCAGGUAUAUUUUAACCAGCAGAGUCUCCAUCGGUGCCCUCCCCAGCUAUUGACUCUUCGGUAGAGCUUUCCUCAGUUGUUGAAUCUUCGUUUUCUGGGAUGGGAUCAUCUUCAUUUUCUUAUAGCACGUCAUCUUCCAUUCCAUCUAUUUCGUUGCUUAUGCAACAUUUUUUGAAGCCUGCGACGUUCGUUUGACUUUUAAUGGAUUGCCAGGUGGUUUUGAUCCAUUGUAACAAAAGAGGAACGAAUGGUUUCUUUAUUUUUCCACUCCAGCAUCCAAUUGGUAUAACAACUCCUCAAGUUGUCUUUGAACGACUUGUUCACCACUAUGUCCAGGACUUGCAACUGAGAGGUCAUGCCUCUUCAUCUACUUCGGGAAAUAUCCCUACUGUUUAGUCCUUUGAAAGCUUUGGCGUGUGGAACAAGCAUUCUUUAGCUUCGGUUUCAUUUUUCGCCAAUUACGUACAUUUUUUUCUAAGAUCCUGAAUUUUUCCGCGGCCAUACAAUUAUUAGUAUUUUCCGUUUCCCGGACUACCAUCAAUUGAAAAUUGGCGUCAAAAGACUUUCGAAUUCCUUUAUUAACUUGAUAUUUGCGCAUCCGUAAAUUCCACUGUAUCUGCACUUACGAUAUCCAUUUCUAAUUAUUCAAUGAUUUUUACGUCUUCUAAUUUGCAAUAAUUGUUUUCACCUAACCGAUGCCAAGCCGAAAAAAUUGAAGUUCAAAUCUUCGAUAUCUCGCAAAUAACACACGCGGCCACAGCGUAAAAUUUUAUUGGUCGAAUUUUACAAUCAAACGGUCAAUAAGGUAACUUAGCCAAUCGGUAAUAUAGAUUCCUGUAAAAAAAUUUAAAAUGCGUAUAUAGGUCAAGGACGAUUAUGGCGGGUGAUCUCAGCGACAUAAAACCUCGACUUACAUUCGAAACAAUAUGGUAACUAUGAUAGGGCAACGAUCGUAAAAUUUAUUUCUAAUCAUGUCAUGAAAAAGACGGUGAUAUCUAUAAGAAAUGUAGUGGAAUAAAAAAAUUGACAAUUA